AUGAACGAUAUCGAGGAGCACCCGCACGAAAAAGAUGGAUUGGGAUACCAACAUACUUUGAUGUAUGGUCGGUACAGCCGGGAAUUGGGUGAAUUCGCAAAAUUCGAAGCUCUAAAGGCACAAGAAAAAAGAAGGUUAAAAGAAGAGAAGGCUCGAAGGAAAGAACUCAGAGGAUAUCAAGGGAAAAUAUCGAAAUUUAUCGCUCUACUAUGGAGACACACGUUCGCCCGAUUAGGCGAAGAUUGGGUAUUUCUGGCCCUGUUAGGAGUAAUAAUGGCUUUUUUAAGUUUUUUAGUCGAUAGGGGAAUUGGAAUUUGCAAUAGUGCUAGGACAUAUUUGUACAAAGACUUAACACAACAUCCUGCGGCUCAAUUCGCUGCUUGGGUGGUCGUUCCGACGUCCUUAGUAUUAUUUAGCGCUGGAUUCGUGCAGCUUGUGGCACCCCAAGCAGUAGGUUCCGGCAUACCUGAAAUGAAAACCAUCCUUAGAGGAGUAGCCUUAAAGGAGUAUUUGACAUUCCGAACGUUAAUAGCCAAAAUCGUAGGUUUAACUACCACGUUAGGGAGUAGUAUGCCUUUAGGUAAGGAAGGGCCUUUUGUGCACAUUGCGAGCAUUUCGGCCACGUUGCUCAGUAAAUUGGUGACCGGGUUCCAGGGGAUUUACGAGAACGAAAGCAGGACGUCGGAAAUGCUGGCGGCGGCUUGCGCGGCUGGAGUAGCCAGCUGUUUCGCAGCUCCUGUUGGCGGGGUGCUGUUCAGCAUCGAAGUAACGACGGUGUAUUUCGCAGUGAGGAACUACUGGAGGGGUUUCUUCGCCGCCGUUUGCGGGGCUUCGACGUUUCGAUUACUGGCCGUUUGGUUCCAGAAAGCGGACACCGUAUUGGCUAUGUUCAGGACGAAUUUUUACAUGGAUUUUCCGUUCGAUCCGCAGGAGUUGUUCGUCUUUGCUCUUCUAGGAGCUGUGUGCGGCCUGGGCGGCUCGUUCUACGUGUGGGUGCACCGCCAGUACGUGAUAUUCAUGCGAAACAGCAAGUCCUUGAACAAGUUCCUGUCGAAAAACCGGUACAUCUAUCCCGGCUUGGUGUCCCUGCUGGUGGCCACCGUCACCUUCCCGCUGGGCCUGGGCCAGUUCAUGGCGGCCGAUUUGGACACGCACGCGCUGGUCACCGAUCUGUUCAGCAACUUCACGUGGUCGGAUCAGAACCUGACGCUGCAACAGCAGCUGGCCGUCGACCAUUGGAAGACCCCUUGGACGGGGAUUUUCGUUAAUUUGUUCGGUUGCGUCGUUUUUAACUUCGUUGCAUCUAUAAUAUGUUCGACUCUACCGCUACCGAGCGGUAUUUUUAUACCGGUGUUUAAAAUCGGGGCUGCUUUUGGAAGGAUCAUUGGGGAACUGAUGCAUCUGUGGUUUCCACAGGGGAUGAGGUACGGUGGUAAGGUGGCCAAAAUAAUACCCGGAGGAUACGCGACGGUGGGGGCGGCGGCUUUCAGCGGAGCGGUAACGCACACGAUUUCAGUAUCUGUGAUAGUAUUUGAAAUGACUGGACAAAUCACCCACAUCAUACCCAUCAUGAUAUCGGUAUUAAUAUCGAACGCCAUCGCCAGUUUGCUAGCUCCCAGCAUAUACGACAGUAUUAUAUUAAUCAAGAAGUUACCGUACCUUCCGGAUUUGCUGCCGAGCAGCAGCGGAAUUUAUAACAUUUACGUGGAAGACUUCAUGGUGAGAGACGUCAAGUACAUCUUCCACGGCAUGUCCUACGAGCAGUUGAAGGCUCUAUUGAAAGAAAAUCGCCGAUUGCAAAGCUUCCCGCUGGUUGACAAACCCGACAGUAUGGUACUAUUAGGCUCUAUCAGGAGACUUCAUCUGAUCCAACUCAUCGAGAAGCAAAUAGGAAGGGAACGUAGACUACAGGUGGCGGCCAUAAGGAAGAAAGAAGCCGAGGAAAAGGCCCGAGUCGAAGCCGAGGAAAGGAAACGAAGACCUUCGAGGUUCCAAGUGGUACCUGCACCAGAUAUGCUCCAAAGGCAGCAAUCCGACGGUGAAUUACAGAAACCUAAAAUAGCUAAAACAUUUAAUCCCGUGUUCGGAACCACACCAAAGAAAUCCAUCCUGAAGAAAACUUACUCGGUAUCAGUUAAAGGUUCCACGCCGUACAUACCUUCGAGUCCCAGCCCUAACGAGACGCCUUAUAACACCGUAGACGCGCCUUACUGUACUGUAACCGGAGCCGAGAGCAGAUUUCGAAUGGCCUUCGAUUCGUUAUUCAGAAAAUCGAAUCUAACAGGCAGCACGAGCGACGACAGCGAACACAGCUUAGUCAGAGUAGGAUCCCUCGGAAGGCGCCCUCAACUCUUACCGCUAAGUCCUAGUCACUUCAAGAAAGUCCAAUUGCCGAAGGAGCGCAUCUGCGACAUGACGCCCGAGGACCAGAAGAAGUGGGAGGAGGAGCAGAUGUCGAUGCCGGUGGAGUUCGUCUGCAACAUCGAUCCGGCGCCCUUCCAGCUGGUCGAGCGCACCUCGCUGCUCAAGGUGCACUCGAUCUUCUCGAUGGUGGGCGUCAAUCACGCCUACGUGACGGCCAUAGGGAAGCUGGUCGGCGUGGUGGGCCUCAAGGAGCUGCGCAAGGCCAUCGAGGACGCCAACAGCGGCAAUCAAGUGCCCAGCGUGGAGGCGAACGGCGGCGUGGGGCCGAUAGAGGCCGACGGGGACAGGGAAAAGGAGCCCGACGGGGACGGGGAAAAGGAGCCCGACGCCGCCACGGCUUUGAUGAAGGAUUCGGAGGUUUAG